AUGCAUCGCGCCAUGAAGUCGCUCCGCUCCCUGAUCUUCUCGCGCGCUGAGCUGCGUCGCUUCGAGGCAGCAGUCCCGCUCUUCCUCUGCCCGGCGCUGCUCGACCCACCCGUCCGACGCCUCCGCAAAUCCAUCGGCAACCCGCGCGCCCUUGCGACGUCGGCUCGAAGGCGAACCGCCCAAGGCCUCUCCCGCUCGUCCGCUGCAGAGCCACUCCGCCAUGCCCCCACACCGCCUGUCCCAAGCCUGCCACUGUCGUGUCCGGGCUGCGGUGCUCCCCGCCAGACGGUAGAUCGCAACGCUGUCGGUUACUACUCGGCGUCAAGGAGGGUGGUAAAGGCCUACCUCACGCCUUCGACACACCCGUCGUCAGAGGCCACUGGAAAGGGGAAGGAGGAUGUCGUCUUCAACCAAGCCGUGCAGAACCUGGAUCACUCUUUAAAGGCCCAGUUGUCCGUGCCAGAAGACGAUCACGUUUCCGAAGGAGAUGCGCUCUUGCAGCUGCCCCAACCGCCGCCGGCGCCGGUAUGUGACCGCUGCCACAACCUGCUCAACCACGCCGCCGGAGUUCCUAUCCACCACCCUUCCCUCGAUUCCAUCGAGCGCACUAUCGCCGAGUCGCCUUACAAGCACAACCACAUCUACCAUGUACUGGACGCCGCCGACUUCCCCAUGUCUCUGGUUCCCAACCUGACCACCGCCUUGAAGCUCUCCCCCCUGCGCACUCAAAAUCGCCGCUCAAAGCACAUGGAAUACAGCCAUGGCAGGGUGGCUGACGUCAGCUUCAUCAUCACUCGCUCCGACUUGCUGGCGCCGACCAAGGAGCAGGUCGACAGUUUGAUGCCUUAUCUUGUGGAAGUGCUGCGUGACGCUCUGGGGAGAUCCGGCCGAACUGUACGCCUUGGUAACGUGCGUUGCGUGAGCUCUAAGAGGGGUUGGUGGACCAAAGAGGUGAAAGAGAACAUCUGGGAGCGUGGUGGUGCUGGCUGGAUGGUGGGCAAGGUCAACGUGGGUAAGAGCAAUCUUUUCGAAGUCGUCUUUCCCAAAGGCCGCAACGUUUCUCCCAACUCCAACAAGAUCCGCAGUGCCGCAGCACAAGAAGCCAUUUCCUCACAGAUUAUUACGCCACAUGAUGCCGCGCAGGCUCACACACCGAGCGAGCAAACCGAUGACGAGGCGGCACUUGUUGAUGAAACAUCACUGCUCCCCCCAGCCCAACGCGAAGUGCCCUAUCCUGUCAUGCCGGUCGUAUCGUCUCUCCCUGGUACUACCGCAUCACCCAUCCGUGUCCCGUUCGGCAAUGGAAGGGGAGAGUUGAUCGAUCUCCCCGGCCUUGCCCGCACCUCUCUGGAUACAUAUGUCCGACCUGAAAAUAGGCUCAAUCUUGUUAUGAACGGCCGCGUAGUGCCUGAGCGCAUCAGUGUCAAGCCCGGCCAAUCCUUGCUCCUUGGCGGCGGCCUGGUGCGCAUUACACCCACGACCCAGAACUUGGUUUUUCUAAUGCACCCCUUUGUGCCACUUGCAUCGCACGUCACCUCAACUCAGAAAGCCCUUGCCAUGGAAGCUGGCGAGCGCGUAUCUGGCAUCUCGUCGGUUAUGGGAGAAGGCGUCGGCGAGAAGAUGAGGUCAGCCGGCCUGUUCUCUCUGCGCUGGGAUGUCACCAAGGCGCAAGCAGGUCCGUUAACACGCAAGGACGCCGUUGCUUUGAGUCCCGAACGGUUACCCUUUACUGUCUGGGCUACCGAUAUCCUCAUAGAGGGGGUUGGAUGGGUGGAGAUUGUUGCCCAGACGAGGAAAGGUCAAAGGCUUUAUCGCAACGAUGGGGACAUUGGUGAAGCUCUUGACGAGGUUGCUUCGAAAGCAACUGACGUCCCGUACCCCGAAAUUGAGGUCGUUACUCCUGAGGGUCAAUUUGUCGGCAAUAGACGUCCCAUGAACGCAUGGCUAUUGAACAAACCCAAGAAGAAGACCUCGGAGCUGAGAAACAGGCCCAGAAAGAGCAUGGUUUCCGUGAAAAACCAGCGCCAAAAAGGCACCACCAUGUAA